AUGAACGUUGCUGCGCCGCUGCGGGUGAGCGCCAGCGCUCUGUUGCUCACCGCGGUGUUGGCCAGCAGGGCGCACGCUCAUGGCGACGCCGCGGCUACAGGCAUGGGCAUGGACAUGGACGGGGACGGGGACAUGGACACGGGCAUGGGCGAGGCCGGCCACGAGCAAUCCGCCUCUCAGUAUCCGCCGACGUACUUUGCUCACCCAGGCCACGUCGGGGUCAUUUACGCUCACAUCGCUCUCAUGGUUCUUGCGUGGGUCUUUGUGCUUCCCAUCGCCGUCAUGCUCUCUCUCGCCAAGUCGCGGUAUACCGUCGCCUCUCAGCUCUUGUUCUCCAUCACCAACGCAGUCGGCAUUGGCUUUUCAAUCAUUUACAACGCCAACACGCCAGACCUGUAUCCCAACAAUGCCCACCACAAAAUUGGAUGGAUCGUCACGUCCGUCGUCUCGGCGCAAGUCUUUGUCGGUCUGGUGGGCCGCCUUGCCGAUGCGGUGACAAGCCGCCGCGCCUGGAAGUCGCCCGAGUCUUUGGCCUUCAUGCGCCUUUCGGCCGAUUUGCCUGAUGAUGAGUAUCGCAUGUCCAACGACAGCGGGCAGGGCACCGAGCCCAACACCGAGUCGCUGCGCUCCAAUUCCCUCUCCACUCUCGACGGUGUCGGGGACGACGAGCAUGACCUUCCUCUGCACGCUCGGCGCAAGGAAUAUCAGCACGACGACGAGCUGGCCGACAGCUCUCCGUCUCCUGGCGCCACCAGCUGGGCAGCCACCGGGGCCACACGGGUCAUCUCGUCCAGUGCGUGGCGCUACUUCGACCUUGCUUAUCGGAUAGUCGACCGCAUCAUUCUGCCAUUUGGCUUCAUUGCGUUGACCACUGGCAUCAUUACUUUGGGCCGCUUCUUUGAAGGAGCCGGCGUUUUCAGCGGAUUGGCUCACUGGAUCAAGGGAGGCGUCUUCUUCUGGCUUGGGCUCUUCACUCUGGGCCGCUGGUCCGGCAGCUUCGGCGAGCUCGGCUGGGCCUGGAAUGUGCGACCUCGCGCGCGGCACCACCAGAGGAGCAAGUGGCGCCCGUCUGCUGAGUUCGUCGAGAGCGCUCUAAUCCUGUUCUACGGCUCCACAAACAUCUUUCUCGAGCACCUCGGUGGCUGGGGCGGCGAGUGGUCGGCGCAGGACUUGGAGCACAUGGCCAUCACUGUCCUCUUCAUCGGUGGCGGAUUGUGCGGGAUUCUCGUUGAAUCGACGCGCAUCCGCGAUCUUUUGAACACAACCGUGAGCGACGCUAUGCCGGCAGACACGUUUCCCGACGAGGAGCGCGAGCUGCGAAGCCCCCCGACCACGUACGAGUUCUCCCUGAACCCGAUCCCUGCACUUGUCAUCUUGCUUCUGGGCAUCAUGAUGAGCUCCCACCACCAGUCCACCAUGAUUUCCACCAUGGUCCACAAGCAAUGGGGCAAUCUUCUCCUUGGCUCUUCCUUUGCCCGUGCACUGACCUAUGUUCUCGUCUAUCUCCGCCCGCCCAAGUCGGUGUUGCCGUCCCGGCCUCCCACCGAGCUCUUGGCGUCCUUCGGGCUCAUUGCAGGCGGUAUCAUCUUCAUGGCGAGUAGUUCUGACACGGUCGACGGCAUGAUUCACUAUGACCUAGACGCAAUGUUCAUGUACACGGUGACGAUGGGACUCGUGGGCAUGCUGAUGGCGUGGGAAGUAGUGGUACUCGCCAUCAAAGGCUGGGCUACCCGUAAGGAGAGGCAAACUGCCCCUCGCUUUGCCUAUGCUUAA